GCUUCACCACAUGAUCCGAACAAAAUUUUCACAUGAAGUUUGAAAACGUACCGUUUUCGUCUUUUCCCGGGAUUCCGAUUUCUGAAAUCUGAAUGCACACACCUUGCUUGCAAAUUGCAAUUGGUUCCAAUUUUAGGUCGUGGCGCACCAAAACGACGCCGCAUUCUCUACCAGGUUUAGUGAAAAACAUCCAAACGCACCGUUCUGUUGUACGCGCCUUAUCUUCUUUAUCCAAUCCAAAAGGCUCAUCUUCAACCUCUCCCUAGUCUCCAAGUCCUGAACUUUACUCAACAACAGCUCCAAUUCGGAAGUGUGAUCUUUUCCCAGUUUUCCAUCAAUGGCUGAAAGUUCAGAGAAGGACCUCAUGACCACCAUGACUAGGAGAGUGGCCUCCAUCGCUAACCAUCUCAGACCUGUCCAUUCACCUCCCAACUGCAUCUCAAUUUCUUUAUCCAAUGCUUCCAUGAACGACAGCUACCACCGGACUCACGGCGAAGUCUCCACCCACCAAGUUGUUUGGGAAAAUGUUCGUGACGAUUCCGGAGAGGCCUUCACCGACAUAGUCUACGAGAAGGCCGUCGGCGAAGCCAUAGCAAAGAUUACGAUUAAUCGGCCGGAGAGAAGAAAUGCUUUCCGGCCUCAGACAGUUAAGGAGCUCAUUCGCGCGUUUAACGAUGCCAGGGACGAUGGUUCCAUAGGCGUCAUCAUUCUUACUGGGAAGGGAACCAAGGCAUUCUGUAGUGGGGGUGAUCAGGCUUUGAGAGGCAAAGAUGGUUAUGCUGAUUAUGAAGAUUUUGGUCGUCUUAAUGUUCUAGAUUUGCAGGUCCAGAUUCGUCGUCUUCCGAAACCAGUAAUAGCCAUGGUGGCUGGUUAUGCUGUUGGGGGAGGGCAUAUAUUGCACAUGGUCUGUGAUCUUACCAUUGCAGCAGACAAUGCUAUUUUUGGCCAAACUGGUCCUAAGGUUGGAAGCUUCGACGCUGGUUGUGGGAGUUCCAUCAUGUCCCGUUUGGUUGGGCCUAAAAAAGCACGGGAAAUGUGGUUUCUGACAAGGUUUUACACAGCUGCUGAAGCUGAGAAAAUGGGACUUGUUAACACUGUUGUACCGCUAGAGAGUUUAGAGCAAGAAACGGUUAAAUGGUGUAGAGAAAUCCUAAGAAACAGCCCGACUGCAAUUCGAGUGCUGAAAUCAGCUCUUAAUGCAGUUGACGAUGGUCAUGCUGGACUGCAGCAACUUGCUGGAGAUGCCACGCUCUUAUUCUAUGGCACUGAGGAAGGUAAUGAGGGGAAGACAGCAUAUAUGCAACGUAGACGUCCAGAUUUCUCAAAGUUUCCCAGGAGACCUUAAUAUUGAGCACUUUCCUUGUCAUGGUUUUAUCAUAACUUCGGAUAGCUUGCUCAUUUGACCCUUUUUGGAUGGAUGGUUAACUGUGUGAGAGGAGAACUGAAAUCAAUGCCCUCCCCCACCCCCACUUCCCCUCUUCUUUAUGAUUUAUGGCUGAUUUCAAUUGUAAGUUACUUUGUCAUAUAAUAAAAGGGGAGACAAUAUAGUUUUGAGUUUCUUCAACUCUCAAA